AUGGCUGGCUCGCCGCCGGCCGCCCCGCUGCCCCUGAGCCGCCUGGCCGAGCCCCUGCUGCGGAAGCUCAGCGACCUGCUGGACCGGGCGGCGCCGGGCAGGAGCUGGCGGGACCUGGCUCACCUGGCCGGCAGCCAGGGCGGGGUCCGGCUCAGUCCUCAGGAGCUGGAACAGUGUUCUCUCCAAGUACUGGAGGCCGAUGGAAGUCCCAGCAGGAGUCUUCUUCAACUCUUGGGUGAAAGAGGCUGCACCGUCCUUGACCUCAGGGAGCUGCUACAGGCCCUCGAACACAGCGAGGCUCUCCAGUGCCUCAGUCCUCCAAGUAUAAAGAUAGUUGUAGAACCAGAAUCUCAGGCAGUGUUUGCUGGGCAGAUGGUGAGGUUGAACUGCUUGGCAACUGGACAUCCACUUCUGCAUUAUCAGUGGUUUAAGCAACAAAAAGAGAUUCCACAUGGGAAUUCUCCGGAGCUGGUGUUCAACCAAGUAUAUGCAGACGAUGCCGGGUUUUACAUAUGUCGAGUGAACAGUGGCUUUUCCUUCGUGUUCAGCCAGUGGGCACAACUGACUGUUUGCAAUCUCCAAGGAGCCAGCCAAGGAAGCUCUCUCGACCUGCCUGAAAACAAGUUAUAUAUUUGCACCCAUCCGCUGUCCCAAAAUCUGAUAGUAGGGGAAACGUUGGUGCUUCAGUGUGGAGCUAUUGGGAUUUCUGCGCCUCAAUAUCAGUGGUUCAAGAAUGGCUCUCCGCUGACUAAUGGGGACAAAAAGGCAUACAUGGUUUCCUGUGUGGAUGUCGAACACCAAGGCACAUACUGGUGCCGUGUAUACAAUGAUCUGGAGGCUCAAGAAAGCAAGAAGGCCGAAGUCAUUGUAGGUGGAAAAUCUAUUGCAGUAGAAUGCAGCGAAGAAGAUCUAACUGGCGUCGGAGGGCCUGCAGGUCUUAUGGAACAAUUGACUGAAAGGCAUUUUGCCGUAGACAAGGUGGCCUUGCUGAUCGGCAACAUGAGUUAUUGCCGGCAUCCGAAGCUGAAGGCCCCUUUGGUGGACGUUUACGAACUCACCAACGUGCUGAGGCAGCUGGACUUUAAAGUGGUUUCCCUCCUGGAUCUUACUGAACCUGAGAUGCGGAACGCCGUCGAUGAGUUCUUGCUGCUUCUGGACAAAGGAGUAUACGGCUUAUUAUAUUAUGCUGGCCACGGCUACGAAAACUAUGGCAACAGUUUUAUGGUUCCUAUCGAUGCCCCAAAUCCCUAUCGGGCUGCCAAUUGUCUCUGCGUACAAAACAUUCUCAAACGGAUGCAGGCAAAGGAGACCGGCCUCAAUGUGUUUUUACUGGAUAUGUGCAGGAAAAGGAAUGAGUAUGACAACACCAUUCUAAUCUUGGAUGCCCUGAAGGUUACAGCUAACAUUGUUUUUGGAUAUGCCACGUGCCAGGGGGCAGAAGCUUUUGAAAUUCAACAUUCUGGAUUAGCCAAUGGAAUUUUCAUGAAGUUUUUGAAAGAACGCUUAUUGGAAGACAAGAAGAUUACUGUGUUGCUGGACGGGGUGGCAGAAGAUAUGGGCAAGUGUCACCUUACCAAAGGCAAGCAGGCUUUGGAGAUCCGCAGCAGCUUAUCUGAGAAGAGAGCGUUAACUGAUCCCAUUCAGCAAACUGGAACCUCCGCAGAGGCGCUGGCGCGGAACCUACAGUGGGCCAAGGCGCAUGAGCUUCCUGAAAGCAUGUGCCUUGAGUUUACAUGUGGUGUUCAAAUUCAGCUUGGUUUCGCAGCCGAAUUUUCCAACGUCAUGAUUGUCUACACGAGGAUAGUAAAGAAACCCCCCGAAAUAACCGUCUGCAAAGCCUACGUCACAGAUUUCCCGCUUGAUUUGGAUGUGGAUCCUAAGGAGUCAAACAAGGGCACGCCUGAGGAAACGGGCAGCUAUUUGCUUUCGAAGGACUUGCCCAAACACUGUCUUUAUACAAGAAUAAGUUCACUACAGAUGCUAAAGGAAGACUUAACUUUCACUGUGUGCCUACAUUAUGAAUACGCCGGAAUAGACGACAUCGUGGACGAGAGGAAGCUGGUGAACAUUGGCAAGCCGCUCAUAGCGAAACUGCGCAUUCAUCAAGGGUUCCAGAAGAACAGCUGCAUCCAGAGCUGUUGUGUGCCCAACGGGCCUCGCCUCGCCCAGUCCCCUGUUGUGGGGGCACCCAAACACUUCCCCCCGUCCAGUCGGCACCUUCCGCCACACCCCUACAUGGGCUUUUGCCAACUGAGCUCCACUCACUCAGGAAAUCCUGUGCAGCCGCUGACGUGUCACUGUGGUGUGACUCCGGACAGGUUAACUGGUUGGCAGCCAACCUGGAUGUAUCCUUCCAGCUCAAACCCAAGCAACAUACCUGUGGAGACGACGGAUGAUAUGGGUGAAGAACUGGGGUCCCAUUUGUCAGGAAGCUUAAGGUUGUCUCAUCCACAGUAG